AUGGUGAACUUGAUUUAUCCAGGGGACUCUAUCAGUAUACCUGAGCGCACUAAUGUGGUUACUGGACCAGGCAUCUAUUUGGAUCCAAAAUCGCAGCAUCUGAAGCCGAUAAAUGUUGGUAUAGAAGUGAUAGAUCCCAGCAAGAGGGUUACGUCGGUGUACUUGGACUUCAAUUCCAAGAGAUAUAUCCCAAGCGAGGGAGACUUCGUAAUAGGAGUGAUAACGUCGACUUUUGCGGACAGCUACAGAGUAUCACUGGCCAAUUUCUCGACAGCUGUGACUCUUUCUUAUAUGGCAUUUCCGAACGCUUCCAAAAAAAAUAGACCCACUUUAAAAGUCGGUGACUUGCUUUAUGCGCGCGUUAGCAAGGCCAACAAGGAGCUGGAAGCAGAAAUAGAAUGUGUCGACUCAAGUACGGGCAAAGACGCUGGUUACGGUCAUUUGGACGGAGGCGUGGUAGUCGACGUUUCCCUGGCAUUUUGCAGGGAGCUUUUAUUCAAUAACGAUUUCCCACUUUUGAAACUGAUUGGAAAGCGCACAGAGUUUGAGGUAGCCAUUGGGCUUAAUGGUAAGAUAUGGAUAAAGGCAGCUGACAUUUUGAGCACUUUGGCUUGUUAUAGGAUUAUUUUGGAUUGUGAGAAGCAGCCGACCUCACAAUACAGUGAAAUCAUAAAAAAUCGUUUCAAAGAAUUAGCCAAUUCUGCAGAUUAA